GCAAGGAGGAGGAGGUUGCCAUGGAGACCACGGGAUGCUGGAGCCAGCUGGGCCUGGUGAUGUGGCGUCAGGUGUGGCUGUCGCGCGUGCGACGCCACUACCUGGUCACGCUGCUCGAGCUGACGUGCAUGCUGUUCAUGAUGAGCUCGGUGUGGGAGGAGUCGGUGGCGCCGUACCGCGCGCGGCCCAACAAGGACCAGUUCUUCGACAGCGCAGACGCGAUGGAGUUCUGGGGCCGUCCCAACGAGUCCUGGAACGAAGGGACGUUCGCGUUCGCGCCCAACCAGGCCUUCUUCGCGGACCUGGUCGCCAGGGUCUGCAAGGAGCUCGGUUCCAAGUGGACGCCGAUGCCCUUCAAGGACGCUGCCGAGGCGACGCAGUACGUCGAGGGCCCGGACGACGCGUCGUCGGAGACCGCCGGCCACGAGCAGCAGCGACGCGUGGCCGUGUGGUUCGAGCGUCCCGAGACCGACCGGCUGACGUACCACGUGCGCAUUCGCGACGCCAUGUUCGACCUGCGCGACGACUACAAGCGCAGCCUGCUCGUGCCCGGACCGGCCGACAUCGACCUCUACGACGAGAUCAGGCUGCUUCUUCCGCUGCAGUAUUUCGUCGAAUCGGCGUAUAUACACAUGAUAGCCGAAUCCCUCCAGAAACAAAUCAACGUAAAGGUGGAGCUCAUGCGUUUCCCGUACCCGCGCCUCUUCUACGGCUCCGAGGAUCGUACGCUGAGCCGCGUCUCGCUGCGAUUCGUUAUCGCCUUCUUCGUGCCCUUCUGCGUGCUCGUCGUCAAGCUCGUGAAGGAGAAGCGCGUCGGCGCCAAGGUGCGCCCUUUCCCUGGCGCGCCUGCCCGUGGUCGAACGAUGAUAUGUUGCUAUGGCGAGAUGCUCCGUCGCGCGGGUCUGAGCGACGUGGCCUACUGGGUGGGCCACUUCUUCGAGUCCGGCUUCGUGGUCCUCUGCGCCGUGCUGCUCAUGUACGUGCCGCUGUUCGUCAUCCUCAACAGCAACGGCACGGCGUUCAUCGAGUUCGCCAACCCGGUGGUCGUCAUGUCCGUGCUGCUGUUAUUCGGCGUGCUCACCAUACUGCACGCCAUGCUGCUCACCGUGUUCCUCUGGGGACCCGGGGUGGCGUUUGCGGCGGCCGUCGUCUACUGGUUCGCGUUGGGCCUGUUGCCGUACGCGCUGCUCCAGAACCCUUUGGGGCUCGGCUACUACCUGAUCUCCCGAUCCACCAAGCUGAUCUCGGCGCUCAGCCCCGUCAUGUACCUGCACUGGUGCCUGCGGGUCAUCGAGCGCUUCGAGAAAUACGAGGUUCGGCUGACGUGGAAGAAUAUCUUCGACAGCAGCACCACGCUGGAUAACGUGAGCGUGGGCGAGCUCAGCCUGCUCAGCCUGUCCGCGGCACUUGUCCUCGUGGGCCUCAUCUGGUACCUGGACAACGUGGUGCCCUGGGGAUACGGCGUCCCCAAGCCACUCUACUUUAUAUUCUCCGCCGACUACUGGUCUCCUUACAGGAAGUGGAACAUUCGAAACGUGAAUUACGCACAGGACAAAAACUACUUCGAAGCAGACCCCAAGAACGCCGACGCAAUCGUCCACUUGAUCAACUUGAGCGCCACCAACAAGGAGAGCGGCGACAUCAAGAAUAUCAUCCUGACAAUCUUCAACAAGCAGAUCACUGUGAUACUCGGACCACAAGACUGUGGGCACGUGACUCUCCUGGAUAUUAUCACUGGGAGGCAGCUUCCCACAAGCGGCGAAGCUUACGUGUGCAACUUCGACGCUUCCGGUUAUUCGGGCCGGUCGUGGGAGUAUUUAAGCGUCUGUCCCGAAGAGCGAGAGCUGUUCGACGACAUGACCGUCGAGGAGCACCUGCUCUUCUUUCUGUUCCUCCGCCAGGUGCCGGGGAACACUGGCGAGGCUUACGUCGCCAUGCUAAUGCGGCAGCUCAACAUCGAGCAGUACAAGGACACCCUGGUGUCCGCGAUGUCGCCACGACUGCGGCGGGUCGUCUGCGUCGCCAUCACGGCUUGUGCCGUUGAACAGACGCCCCUGGUGAUCUUUCCCGAUCCGACCAGACUGUUGGACCCCAAGGGUCGACAUCAGGUGUGGGAAGUGCUUGCUCGCCUGAGUCGGCGCAGCAGCGUCCUCGUCACCACCAAGAGCAUCGAGGAGGCCGAGGUUCUCGCCGACAGGCUGGUCAUCAUGCGCGAGGGACGCAUCGAGUGCGCCGGAUCGCCCACGUGGCUCAAGACCAGGUUCGACUCCGGCUUCUUUCUCCGAUUCACCAAGCUGCCGAACUUCAGGGAGCACGACGUGACACGCGUCGUCAAGUACCACAUGGGCGCGGUCGAACCAAAGCGCGUUUCCAAGCUCGAGACGGUGUACAACCUGAGCGAAUCUCUACAACAUGUCAGUCGCAUGGCCACCAUGCUCCACUACCUGGAGAAGAGGCGCGCCAUCCUGGGCAUUGCGUUCAUGAGCCUCACAUACUGCACGCUCGAGGACGUCUACAUCAGGAUGGUGAGUGGCCCUGACGGAAACAUGGGCGGAGGCGACACCCGAGCUCAGGCACCUGCCUCCCCUGCGGACGGCUCUGACCCGGCCAAGGAAAAACAAGAGCAAGAUGCCGUCCGGCAGUGGUGCACGGCGCGGUCCACCAAGGCCGGCAUGUUCUCGGUGCUGUGGGCCCUGCUUCGCAAGCGAGGCAUCAUCUGGCUGCGAGUCUGGUGGACCAAGCCGCUGUCGGUUGGCAUACCCGUGGCGUGCAUGCUGCUGCUGGCCCUGUCCGAGAGGCACUUCCUGCCGGACAUCCCCAGGGAGAGCGGCGACAUCACCUACGAGCCGGAGAACAUCUUCGACGUCUCCUACGGCUUCAUAGAGAAGGACAACGCCAGGUACAAGCAGAUCGCGCUGUACACUGAUAGCGGAGAGGACAUUCGUUGGCCGUCGAGUAAUCUGAUCAUCGGUGAUCACGAGGCUCUGGGCCACGAGCUGGAGCUGUUCGCGACGCGCAACCUGAUGUUGCGCGUGCUCUACUCCUUCUUCGUGUCCCUGGCGAUGGGAUUCUACGCGGCCACCCACGUGUUCACCCCGAUGGUCGAGUGGUGCAGCGGCAUGAAGCACCUGCAACUCAUGACCGGCAUGUCGGGCUGCCUCUACUGGAUGGGACACUUCAUCUUCGACGCGAUCGCGGCGCUCUUCAACAGCGCCACGCUGACCUCCAUCAUCUACGUCAGCAACAUGGACAUCAACAUUAAUUAUCACUUGGCCAUCCUGUUUCUGUUCGUGGCCAACGCAUUCUCCAGCCUACCGCUGACUUACCUGUUCACUGGACUGUUCGGCGACACCACGUGGGCUUUCUCCUUCCUCGCACUGGUGCUGUUCUUCGCAGGAAUGGUGGGAUCCUUGGGCGUGGAGCUCCUCAGGGUGCUCACGCAGGACAACCCGACGGCGGCCUCCUCGACGGCGCUCUUUCUCUGGGGCUUCGUGUGCCGCUGGUUCCCCACGUACGCCCUCGUGCGGGGCAUCAUCAAGGUCAUUCUCCUGUACAGGCUCAACGCCAUCUGCCUCACCGGAGGCCAACUGCUCGACGAGGCGUGCCACGACUCCCAGUACUCGUCGGACCAGAGGAUAUCCCGCUGCUGCGACGCGCUCCAGGAUAAUAGCACGGUUCAGCUUCUUUACCCGCUCGAGCCGUUCUACGAGACGGGCUUCUACGAGGCCGUGAGCAUGGUGGUCGAGGGAAUGCUCUAUAUGGCCGCACUUGCACUUGUCGACUCGCCAUUGAUGUACAGCCUGCGCUGGUACGUGGCCCGUCGCAUGUACGGUUCAGACGAGCCCGAAGACGUGCCAGAUCAGCAGCUGCACGGUCCCCGGCUCGUCGCCGUCUCCAUGGACCCCGAGGUGGAACGCGAGGUGAACCUGGUGAACCAGGUCUGUCGCACCAGAGCGUUCAAGGACGUCGCCAUGGCGGUGCGAAAUAUCCAGAAGACCACCGGAUAUGUCGAACAGGUGGUCGAGGUGGACGGUGUGAGCAUCCUGCUGAACCGCGGAGAGUUCUUCGGCCUCGUCGGCGUCAACAACUCCGGCAAGACCUCGCUCCUCGAGAUCUUGGUCGGCAUCCAGGUGCCCACCGGAGGCGGCGCGUACACGGCCGCGCUGUCGCUAGGCGGUGACCUGCGCGCCUGCUCACCGUGGGCGAGUUCCUGGACCUGA